CGCCCGCAGCGCCGCCAUCGCGGGAGGGGCGGGGCAGAGCCUGGGGCGGGGGCGUGGCGAAAGGGGGAGGGCAGUGUACGACGUGCGCCGCGUCACCCAUGCGGCGGCCGCCCGGGUCUCUUACGGUCGCCCCUUGCCCUGUUGGUACCCGUUACCCCACGGACAUCCCGGCCCCCCGACAUCCCCCGCCCUACACGCUUCCUCCUCCCUGUCCAUCCCAAACCCCUCCCCGCCCCAAGCGGGACAGACGCGACCGUCAGCGCCCCGACCCCGACCGCGCCGUGCCCGGCAGGGGGCAGCCCCACGGCCCCUCCUUGCCGUGGCCGCCCAUCCCCGCCGUGGGUUCUGCGCACAAUAGCCCCCCCCACCCCCGUGUCCGAGCUGUCCCCGAGCCGUGGGGUGCGAUGGGGCCGCUGUGGGCGCUGCGCGUGGCCGGAGCGCUGAGUGUGGCCGGGGUGCUGGCGGGGCACGACGGGUCCCAGCGCGCGGGGCAGCCGGCAGCUCUGGAUGCGGGGACCCGGGGUGACGGCGUGGGACACGACCGGGGCGUGGACUGCCGGGAGGUGCGGAAGCGCAACAGCUCCGAGCGGUGCCGCUUCGUGCGCGGCACCCCGGACUGCCGCCUGGACGGCGGCUUCCUCGACUACCUCGGCGGAGCGUUCUGCACCUUCCCCUCCUCGCUGCUCCCGCUGUCCGUCAGCCUCUACGCGCUUUGGCUCCUCUACCUCUUCGUCAUCCUCGGCGUGACGGCGGAGAAGUUCUUCUGCCCCAACCUGUCGGCCAUCUCCACCAACCUGAAGCUGUCCCACAACGUGGCAGGUGUCACCUUCCUGGCCUUCGGCAAUGGGGCGCCGGACAUCUUCAGCGCUGUGGUGGCCUUCUCUGACCCACGCACGGCUGGGCUAGCAGUUGGGGCCAUCUUCGGCGCCGGGAUCUUUGUGACCACGGUGGUGGCCGGCGGCAUCGCCCUGGUGAAGCCCUUUGCAGCAGCCUCCAGGCCCUUCCUCCGGGACGUCAUCUUCUACAUGGUGGCCGUCUUUCUCACCUUCCUGGUCCUCUACUUUGGCUACAUCACACUGGGGGAGGCUCUAGGGUACCUGGGGCUCUACGUCUUCUAUGUCUUCACUGUGGUGCUGUGUACGUGGAUUCACCGCUGGCAGCGUGGGGAUGGGCCGCCCCCCCCCGGGCCAUGGGAGCCAGCCAUACCGACAGACGCUGAGGAGCAGGAGUCCUCAGGCACCAACUGCGGGGACUAUGGUGAGGAGUACCGUCCCCUGCUGCCCUACCACGAGACCUCGCUGCACAUCCUCAGCACUGCCCUCAGCCCCCUGGACAAGCACAAGUGGAGGAGGAAGCCCUGGUACUGGCGGCUCUUCAAGGUGCUCAAGGUCCCUGUGGAGCUGGUACUGCUGCUCACUGUGCCUGUGGUUGACCCUGACAAGGAUGACCUCAACUGGAAGAGACCCCUCAACUGCCUGCACAUUGUCACCGGGCCCCUGCUCUGCAUCUUCACCCUUAAGUCGGGGGCCUAUGGGCUGUACCAGAUCCAGGGCGUCUUCCCGGUCUGGGCACUGGUUGCACUGGCUGGCUCCGUCCUGGCCAUCAUUGUCUUUGUGACCACACACAAUGAAGAGCCACCCAAAUACCACUGUGUAUUUGCCUUCCUUGGAUUCCUGUCCAGCGCUAUGUGGAUCAAUGCAGCAGCCACGGAGCUGGUGAACAUCCUGCGGACCCUGGGCAUCAUCUUCGAGCUGAGCAACACUGUGCUGGGCCUGACCCUACUGGCCUGGGGCAACAGCAUUGGAGACACCUUCUCUGACCUCACCAUGGCACGGCAGGGCUACCCCCGCAUGGCCUUCUCCGCCUGCUUUGGAGGCAUCAUCUUCAAUAUUCUGGUGGGUGUGGGGCUGGGCUGCCUGCUGCAGAUGACCAACAGCCAGAUGGUGGUGAAGCUGGAGCCUGACAGCCUCCUCGUGUGGAUCUUGGCUGGGGCCCUGGGACUGAGCCUGGUGUUCUCCUUUGUGGCGGUGCCAGCACAGUGCUUCCAGCUGGGCAAGGCAUACGGCACCUGCCUCAUCCUCUACUACUUGGUCUUUCUCUGCGUGGCCCUGCUCACCGAAUUCCGGGUGAUCCACCUGGCUGCCACCUGAGCACCGCAGGGCCAUGUCCCUGCCCUGCCGCAGCCUGCGGGACCACACGUUUGCUCUCUGGAGAGAGAGCUGGUUAUAUUUUGGGAAAGAAAGAGGAUUUGUUAAGCACUAGCCAUCUCCUCGCUCUGCUCUGUUGAACUUCGUUUAACUUGGGGUGUCUCUGAACAAGGAUGAGGGUAAAGGCUUGGCUGCUGCCCCAGGGCAGAGGACUGGAGCAGCUGCGGGGGAGCACACACUGGGAUAUCCCUUCACCUCCCCACCUGGGCUCCUCUGGGGCUGGCAGCCACGAACUAUGGGGAAAUUGGAAAGUAAAGGCUUGAGUGCAACUCUGGGAACCUCUGUCAUUGCAAGGGGCUGUGAGCCUUCAGCAGGUGAAUUGAAAGAGCAAGUGGAGGUAUUACAGUGAGGGAAAGCACCAGAGCAGCUCUGCACGCAAAGCUGACAACAAGUCCUUGGAAACCUUUUUUUUUUUUUUUUUUUUUUAGCAAUAUUUUUCAACCUGAACUUAAGAUACUCAGAGGGUGGACAGAGCUGUAGCAAAGGACUUGGUACUCAGAGGCUCCCACACGCCUGAUAGGCUCUGGCCAAACUAGGUUUGGACACUGUAAGACUGGACAACUUGCAAUUAAAAACUACACAGCCUCCA